AUGAGGACCUCCAUUCUACUCAUCGCCCUUCUCCUGCUGGCCCUGCAGACUCAGGCAGAACCUCUCCUAGGAAGAGCUGAGGAGGUUCUAGACCAGGAGCAGCUGGGAGAGGAUGAGCAGGGUAUAUCCAUAUUCCUAGGAGGGGAUGACAGCACUGCUCUCCAAGAUGCAGGUGUGAGGUCAGGCGUGACCUGCUAUUGCAGAAGAGGAGGCUGUCGUUUUCCAGAACGACUUAUUGGCUACUGCAGUUACCGUAACGUUGUCUACCGACUCUGUUGCCGCCGAUAA